AUGUUCCCACGCCCUCUGGCCCCGGUGGCAGUGCGGGGUGCAGAGAUGGGAGCCACCUCCGUGCGCCGGGCCGUGGUGCCUGCCAGGAUGCGGGCCGGCAGUGGCACCAUGCUGUUGCCCUCCAUGCUCAUGUUUGGGGUGAUUGUGGCUUCCAGUGGCCUGUUGCUCAUGAUUGAGAGGGGCAUUUUGGCAGAGGUGAAGCCACCACCACUCCAUCCCCCACAUGGAGACCUCGCUUGGAGGAGCAGCGGUGACACUAGGGCAGUGGCCUCCGAGGACGUGGAUUACCAGGUGCUACAAGAUGUUCGUAACCGGACAGUCCGCACCAUGUGUGGGCAAAAGAACAUGCCUCAUAGCAUCUGGGAGCUUUCAGCAGGUCAGAGGAAAGCCGUGCUCAGACACAUCCUGGUCAGUGAUAAAUAUCGCUUCUUAUAUUGCUACGUCCCCAAAGUCGCCUGCUCCAACUGGAAACGAAUACUGAAAGUUUUGGAUGGAGCGCUGGAGAAUGUGAAUGUCAAGCUCAAAAUGGACCACAAGAAUGACUUGGUUUUUCUUGGUGACAUGAAGCCAGAUGAGAUCAGCUAUAGGCUAAAGCAUUACUACAAGUUUAUAUUUGUUCGAGACCCGAUGGAGAGACUUUUAUCAGCUUAUAGGAAUAAAUUUGGAGAGAUCAAAGAGUACCAGUUAAAGUAUGGUGUGGAAAUAGUAAAAAGAUACCGAAAAAGCCCCAGAAAGUCCACGGGGGAUGAUGUCACUUUUUCUGAAUUUCUCAGGUAUCUGUUAGAUGAAGAGGCAGAGAGAAUGAACGAACACUGGAUGCCCAUCUACAACCUAUGCCAACCCUGUGCAGUGAGGUACGAUUUCAUCGGAUCAUAUGAAAGACUGAAUGUGGAUGCAAAUUACAUUCUUGAACAUGUUCAAGCACCUUCUUUUAUCCGUUUCCCAGAACGACAAUCAUGGUAUAAGCCUGUGACUCGGGAAACUCUACAUUACUAUCUGUGUAACACUCAACGUGGGCUUAUAAAAGAACUGUUACCAAAAUACAUUCUGGAUUUCUCAUUGUUUGCCUAUCCUCUUCCAAAUAUUACUAGUGAAUUUUGCAGACAGUGAACUUUUUCUAUUUGCGGGCUGGUCUAUGCUAGAAACUUAUGCUGAUAGAAUAAUGUUGUGCAACAUUUUUAUACUGGCAGAAGCUCUAGUGUAAGCAGUUGUAUUGGCAUAAAAGUACUUUUGCUGGUGUAGAUUAUUUCACUCAAUAACCUGUAUAAAUUCUACUGGCAAAAAUACUUUUAUGCCAGCAUAAACUGUGGCUACACUAGGAGGGUUUGCUGGUAUAGCUACACUGGCAAAAGCUACGCUUUUCUAGUGUAGAUGAAGCCUGUGAAGUAAUGCGUGUCCUAUGCACGUUUCCUAAUUUUAUACUUUUUAAACCUUUUAAGAUAUCAUAUGAUAUAUAGCCUUUACAACUAGAAUAUCUUUUACCUUUGUAUUGUUCCAAUUUUACUAUGUCUAUGUGCCGCUGAGUUAAGCACAAUAGCUUUUAUAUAUCUGUUUUUUAAAAACUUCUCUCUACAGCACAAGACAGUGAAUAUAUGCAAAAGAAUCAGGGAAUGGAUAUAUUUUAAGCACAAAGCAUUGUUCUGUUUUUGUGGUCCAGGUUACAUUUUCUGGGGCAGAAUUACCCACAGCAUCAACUGUAUUAGCUGUUUUUUAAAGAGUUACUGCAGGAUAGUUAAAUUGUUCCUAGGUUGAACUGGUGGAAGCAGUGAUGGGAAAUUUUGAGAGAAAAGUCUUUUGUAAACUAGGCCUGAGUAUCCAUAAUCUUCACACUUGUUGAGUGCAUCUAAAGCUGACAAGUCAGUUCUUGUUCUGUGACGUAGCAGUGCCUGGGUUGUGGAGUAUAUUAUUUCAGUAUUGAACCAAUGUCGUAUUCAUAGAAAAAGUUAAUGUUUUCCUCUUGAUACAAGAUGUUAAUUCAAAGACAAUUCACUGUUCAUUUUAUUUUGUGUGAUUAAAGAUCUGAGAGUACCAAUUACUUACAUAGCGAAACUAACAUUUGGUGCAGCAAUGUAUUUAUUACUAACAAAUUCUUCUUUUGCCCCUCUUUUUUAAAAAAGUUAUUAAAAUCAAGAGCUUCUCAGCCCUUGUAACAAAAUUUAGAAAAUAGCUUAUAGUGGUUAUUUACAGCC